AUGUUCAGUCGACGAAAGCUUGGCGAUUUGUUGGCGAUGUUCGGAGGUGUUGCGGAGGUGUUGACUGGUGUUGACUGGGGGUUUGUUUGCACUUGCUGGUCGACCACCUCGCGGGCCGCUGGCGGAAAUCGGGUUGGAGCAGAAGGCACAUCACCGUCAGACCAUCACAGUCAGCCUUUCUCAAGCGACAAAGAAACUUUCAAUAGGAGUGCUAGGGGCAUACAAGCGUCCGGUCGCGACUCUACCCCAACCCCGCGGAGAAAUGACGUCGACGGCUUCACUCGUCCUUUCUCCACUAGGCAUUUGACAGCUUUACAUACCCCAUCGGAAUUUGAAGCAGGAAAAUGA